UCAUCCGCGCACGGCUAUAGAUGGAGCUCGGGAGCCCAGGCCAGCCCAGUGCGAGCCCAGCAGAGCUGCGUGAUGGUGGUGCUGGGGGUGCCGGGGGGGGGAUGCUCUGUCUCUAUGGCUAAGGAUGUGUUACAGAGGCGGGCGGCUCUUCAUGUAACCAGAGAGCUGCUGUAAUCCACAGGGCGCAGCGGCGACGGAGGCUUUGCCCUCUGCAUUGCCCAGCCAAGAGGAGGCCCCUCUCUGCAUCCCCCCCACUCCAUCGCCCUCCAGUGCAGAGCACCAAGGAAUGAUGAAGAAAACCAAUCCUGCCAAAAGGGGGCAGCAGGAUGGGACCCAGCCGCCCGCGCCGCCGGAGAAGGUCGGGUGGGUGCGGAAAUACUGCGGGAAAGGCAUUUUUCGGGAGAUCUGGAAGAACCGUUACGUGGUGCUGAAGGGGGAUCAGCUUUACAUCUCGGAGAAGGAGGUGAAAGAUGAAAAGACCAUGCAGGAAAUGUUUGACCUGAGUGAUUACGAGAAAUGUGAAGAGCUCAGGAAGUCCAAAAGCAGAAGCAAGAAGAACCACAGCAAGUUCACCCUCGCCCACUCCAGGCAGCCUGGCAACACGGCACCGAAUCUGAUCUUCCUGGCUGUGAGUCCAGAAGAGAAGGAGUCCUGGAUCAAUGCCCUCAACUCUGCCAUCACCCGGGCUAAAAACCGCAUCUUAGACGAGGUCACUGUGGAGGAGGACAGUUAUCUCGCCCACCCAACACGUGACAGAGCUAAAAUCCAGCACUCCCGACGCCCUCCGACCCGGGGACACCUCAUGGCUGUGGCAUCUACCUCAACCUCUGAUGGGAUGCUGACCCUCGACCUGAUCCAGGAGGAGGACGCCUCUCCCGAGGACCACAGCUCCUGCGAAGAGAGCUUCCGGGUGGACCUGGACAAGUCGGUGGCACAUCUCACUGCCGGGCGGCGCCGCUCCGACUCCGAGAACACCAAGUCAUGGGAGAAGGGCCGGACGGGGAGCCUGCCGCGGCGGGACGGCAGCUCGUGGGACAGAGCCGGGCGGCGCAGUGAGCCCAUGGACAAGGGGACCAUGUACACCCCCCAGGUCCCCAAAAAGCUGUCGCACUCCGAAAAGAAUAAAUGUGCCUCCAUGGAAGAAAUCCUGUCUCGAAGGGACUCUGCCACCCAGCGGGCGCCGAGGAGGGGGCUGGAGGCUCCCUUUGCCUCAGCAGAACCAGAGCAGUUGUCCCGGCUACAGGAACUGGUUGCACUGAAACUGGAAAAAACUCAGGAACUGCUGACAGAGGUGAAGGGCUACGGGGAAGGCAAGAGAAAGACCAAGGAUUCCACCACCAGCACCACCACCACCACCUCUUCUUCCUCCUCAUCCUCUUCCAAGUCAGACUCUGAAAGGAUCCUGCAGGAAUCGGAGAGGUUGCUGGGGGAGGCUUCCUCCACGUGGAGCCAGGCCAAGAGGGUGCUGCAGGAGAUCAGGGAGUUGAGGGACCUGUACAAACAGUUUGAACUGCAGCAGUCGGACUUGAAAACCAAACAGAGCUCACAGUCCCAGUACAGGAAGAGCAUGAUGUGAAGGCAAGCCCCGGGGUGGGAGGGAGGGACAGGGGAGGCCAUUUGGUCUUUUGGUUUUUUAAUUAUUAUUAUUAUUAUUAUUAUUGACAGUGUUCAAAAGAGUGAAAAGGUGCCUGUUCUCCCCCAAACUUGCUUCUCAAAGCUUGAGCCCUUCUUUCCCUCCACCACGUCCCCUGGUGCAACCACCCCGUGUUCCAAUAAAUUCACUUGCAGUUUCAUACCUCCUUUUUCAAAGAGCACCCUUUGCACUGCAAGCCCCCAGCUUCUGCCGUGCCUGGAGGACAGAAGCAAGUCCCUAGGGAAUGGCCCUGCAUGCCUGGAGCAGCACUGGAACCACGGGGACACGGAUGCUCUUGUGCUGAUUAAGCCCUGGCUUUGCUGCUCUGACUCCUGAGCUGUCUCCUGCAUUACAGCUCCUUGACCAAGAGUCUUGUUCCCUCCCUGUGCUCCUGGAAAGAAGUGACAAAAACAAAGAUGUCCAUCCCAGGAAACCCUCAUCAGCCGGGAACUGUCUUGAAGAUGCCUGGAAGUUCAGGACUGUGGGGCUCUGGCCUGGCACAGGUCCCUUCUGUGACCUCCUGGGCUUUGCAGCCCUUGUUCUCUUGGUGUGGCACAUCCAAGAGGUAUGCAACCUGUGUUCAACCCAAGCCUGGCUGCCCCUUGAUGCUUUCCAGACCCCCUUGGCCACGUGCAAUGGGAGUUAGCAGCUCGAUGUCUUCCUUUCCAUGCAAAUAGAGGAUGAAAGCCUUGAAUCUAUCAAAUGGCCCAUCUGGGUUCUUUGGGGGGGGGGGUGUUUUUUGGCUUUUCCAUUUUCAUUUCUUCUUUUGUCUUUGCUUUGAGGGGAAAUGGAAACAUCAGCGUUGUGCACAGGCAGAAACCAAGAGCCCAAAGUAGUUCUGGUAGGUUGGAUUCUGUCCUCUCAUGCAUGCACAGGCUUGGUUUCUGCAACAGAUAGUCCCUGGUGCUCCCCUAAGAUCAGAAUCAGGCCUAGUGAAGUGAAAGCUGAGCCUGUAAGAGAGCUCAGGUACCUCCUCUGGUGAUGCCGAGCACUUGGCUAAAUUGGUGGCUCAGUUUUCAGGCCUUGAAGCAGAAAAACAAGAAAGGAGGAGGUGAAGAUGUCUCCCAAGUCUCAAAGUCCACCCGUGUGGCAACAUCCAACUGUUACUUCUUGUUUUCUAACAAGGAAAGAAUCCCAAUUCCCUUCCCUGCACUGCAAAUAAUCCAGGACAACAUUAGCCCCCCCCGGUUGCAGGUGGUGAUGCCUGUUUGCUGUUCCUGCUUGACCUCCCUUGGGAAGGAGGUUGGUUACUCACUUGGGGCUGGUCUUCACUCCUCAGGCUCAUGCUGCCAGUGUGAAAGCAUUGCUGAGGGGGUUCAUUACUGCUUUUUCUCCCACUUUCCUGUUAGAAUCACUUCUACAAUCAUUACUGGUGCUUCCUGAAGAACUUAUAAGUUACAAAGCUCAGAUCUGGCCCUUGCCACAACCUGUCACUUGGCCCUGCUCUGAAGAGGCAUCACCCUUGUCACGGCGCUGCAUGUUACAGGUUGGACCUGUCCCUCAGCCAGCAGUUUGCUUCCUUCCCACCUUUUUUCCUUACCUUUUCCAGCACUCGAAGGAUCCAUUUGGAUGCCUCAGAGGAAAACCCAUAAUCCUUAAAAGAGAGUAAAAAAGAGCCUCUCUGAUAAAGCCCUUCAGCUCUUUGAUGAGAACAGGAGAAACAUGCAGAUGUUUUCCAGAUGUGACACAUCCAGUGAGUGUAAAACCCUGGAGGUUUGGAGUGCACUCGGCUGGGAGGGGUGUGGAUUGUGACUGCUCCUUGGACUGGUGUCAGCAUGAAGCAUGAAAAUCCCCCUGCUCCUGAUCUUAAAUGAUCUUAAGUCUGUCUUAAGCAACACGGUCAUAUAACAAUUGAAUCAUAGAAUCCCAGACUGGUGUGGGUUGAAGGGACCGUAAUGCUCAUCCAGUUCCAACCCCUGCCAGUUCCAACCUGGCCUUGAACACUGCCAGGGAUGGGGCAGCCACAGCUUCUCUGGGCACCCUGUGCCAGCACCUCAGCACCCUCACAGGGAAGAACAACUGCCUUAUCUCCAACCUGAACUUCUAUUUCAGCCCAAACCCAUCACCCCUUGUCCCAUCACUCCAGUCCCUGAUGAAGGUCCCUCUCCAGCAUCCUUGUAGCCUCCUUCAGACCCUGGAGCUGCUCUGAGGUCUCCACACAGCUUCUCUUCUCCAGGCUGAACAGCCCCAAUGUUCUCAGCCUGUCUCCCAUGGGAGCUGCUCCAGCCCCUGCUCAUCCUCGUGGCCUCCUCUGGACUUGCUCCAACAAGUGGCUGAUGAAGAGGCCAAAGCAGUGCUAGAGGCAGGGAUAAAACCCUGAGCCCUCACCCAAAGCAGGGCACUUUGUCACACAGGUAACCAAGGGCAUCUUUACUUCUCCACAAGAUUAUGGGGUGGAAUGACAUCUGGUAAGAGCUGGAUGUCGGGACCCAGCACUGGGGCUCUGCUGUCCCAUUGCAGAUGCAUUACCCACUGGUCAGAUUAUUCCUGCUCUCCAGACCAGCCUGGGGCAGCCUUUUCCUUUUGGAGUGAGAACAGCAUUUGGAGGAAUGGAUUGGGUUAGAAGGAACCUUAAAGCUCAUCUAGUUCCAACCCCACUAGGCAAGCACAAGAGGGGGUUUAGGACUGGUUUCCAAACUGGCCAACACAACUGGCCAGAUCUGAUCCAUCUCCCUCCCUUCUCCCCAUCUCAGCUGAGUAGGAUCUUGUGAGGAUUUAUCAUUUCCCAAAUUGAAUGGAAACAUUCCCUCUUGGAAAGCAUCAUCUGUGACAGAGGCCAGGGCAAAGGAAUCAUUUAGGAAGGAAAAAACAGGAGUUUUCAGAGUAGAAAACGUCUAUUUUUCACUUGGGAAUAUUUUUGUAUCCUAUAAAAUGUGCAUUUUUCCUUAAAACUCCCUCCGAGUCCUGAGAAAACAUUUUCUCUUCCCAACUGCCCCCUUCCAGAAGCCUGAUUUUUCCCCACAGGCAAUUUUUACACUGUUCUCAUUCAACCCCAAAUUCACCUGGAAUGGUGGAAUUCUUCCCCAGGCAGAUGCCAGGAGCCAACUGGGUCUGAGGAGCAAACUGGGAACACUUCAACCCAGGAGACCCAGGGAUGCACCAGAGCCAGCCUAGAGGCUUCUGCACAUGAUUAGAUGUUCACAUCAUUCCCACAUUAGGAGCCUCUGACUUGAGAUGCUGCACAGAUGGAAAGGAUGGGAAUCUCUCCCCCCUUCUCCCACCUGGAAUUCUGCCCUCUUUGGAUUCUCUUCUAUUUGUCAUUUUGCAUAGUUUUCCCCUCUGUCAAUCCCACUGUUGGGAUUAGAGACAAAAAGCCACCAACGAGCCAGAGUGGCAUGUGGAUGGCAAACAUGCCAGUCACAUCGUGCUGCUGCUGCUUCCAUCCUUGAGCAUGGGAAUGACAAGGAAGCGUUGGCUGGGAAUGCUGGAGGGGACCAUUCCAGAGGGAGGGAGAGGUGGGUUGAGCCUGUUUCCUCCCACCCAUUCAUUGACAGAUCCCACCUAGAGACUCUUUUUAGCCAUAUAAGCAGGGGAGGAGGUACCGAACAUCAUUCUCACCCUUCUUUUCUCAACUGAGCCACAUUUGAAAGGACUGAGUAGAAACUUUGCUCUUUUUUGCCUUUUUUUCCCCUAAAAUCCCUACAAACUGCAAUAAUAAACUGAUUCAGCCACAGU